AAUAAUUGCAUUUUAGGUUUAAAAUACGGAAAAUAUUCGCUUUGUACCGUCGCAUGCUAUUUAAGAUGGAUGAUUAUUCAAUAGCUGCAGCUGCCUACUUUUUUAUGUGUUACUAUAAUAAUUUAAGGAAAAAGAAAAAAAACCUAGGAAAAGAAGAUGGUGGAUGGUUUCCCUUCAUCAUAGUAGAAAAAGGUAUGAUGGAAUCAACAUGCUUGCAGAUUUACAACAGGAGCAUUCUGAUCAAUUUGAAAAUUUUUGCCGGAUGUCUUCAUCAGAUUUUAACAAUUUACUUGACAGAAUUGGCCCAAGUAUCGCAAGAAGAGAUACUAAAUGGCGAAAAGCAAUUCCAGCAAAAAUUCGUUUAGCUGUGACUCUUCGGUUUUUGGCGACUGGAGAUAGCUAUCAAAGUCUUCAUUAUCUCUUCAAAAUAUCUCCCCAAGUAAUUUCUGAAAUUGUGCCGGAGGUGUGCAGUGCAAUAAUUGAAGCAUUAAAAGACAAUAUAAAGAUUCCCAAGGAAAAGCAAGAAUGGUUAGCAAUAGCUUCUAACUUUGAAACUAGAUGGCAGUUUCCCCACUUUUUAGGGGUCAUGGAUGGGAAGCAUAUUGUACAAUGCCCAUUUAAUACUAAUUCAGAAUAUUACAACUACAAGGGCAGCUUUAGCAUUGUUCUCAUGGCAUUGGUUGACAGCAAUUACAAUUUUAUAUAUGCAGAUGUAGGUUGCCAGGGAAGAAUUAGCGACGGUGGUGUUUUUCGAAACAGCACAUUAUAUGAAAACAUUUAUGGACCAAAUGCAACCAUUCCACAGUCGGUACCAAUUGCAGGAUAUAAAAAUGAAGAUUUACCCUAUGUCUUUCUUGCUGACGAUGCUUUUGAACUAACCACAAAAAUUUUAAAACCUUAUCCUGGCAUUCAUAAGAAAGGGUCUUUUCAACGGAUUUUCAAUUAUCGCCUCUCCCGUGCGCGCAUUAUAGUUGAAAAUGUAUUUGGCAUAAUGGCCUCUGUAUUUAGAGUUCUUAGAAAACCGAUGUUAUUGCAACCAAGUAGGGCAACUUUAAUAACUUUGACAUGUGUCUAUCUGCAUAAUUAUUUACGUAAAAGUAGAACUUCACGGCCUAUGUACACGCCACAAGGCUCUUUUGAUUCAUUUACGGAAGAUAAGGACUACCGACCCGGCUCAUGGAGAAACGAUUCAGAAAAUAUUUCCUCACUGCUACCACUACAAAAAAUUCCACGUAAAUCACCGCAAAGUGCUCAAAACGUGAGAGAUGAAUAUGCGAAUCAUUUUAUGACUUCCGGAAGGGUAGAGUGGCAAGAAAAAUAUAAUUAGUUCAGGGUUAAUUAAUUACUACUUAUUUAAAGAAUGUACCUAGCUGUCAUCUAAUAUACCUAUGUACAGGGUGAUUCAUUAUAAAUGUUUACCCCCCUUAACUUUCUUUUCUGGUACACCCUGGGAGGGGUAAACAUUUAUAAUGAAUCACCCUGUACCUUAAUUAGUAUUUAUUAAUUAAAUAUAAUCCACGUUAAACUUCUGAUUUUGAGUAAUAAUAAAUAUAAAAAUUAAAAUUUA